AUGAACCAUUUGCAAGUCAUUAAUGCUUGGGUGCUGGAUGAUAGAAAAACGGCUUCUUACAAAUGGUUAAGUCGUCAGCUCUCUGUCCAUGUAAACGUUGCCAAACAGAUGCUUUUUGAAUUUGUCCAGACGAAAUCGCCUGGAGAUGUAAGCGUAUUGUACUAUGUGCAAGGCGAACACAAAGAUGGAAGUCUAUCUUGCAUGGCUGUAUCGGAUGUCCAAUUAAAAGAUGUUCAAGCAGAGUUUGUCCGUACAAGUGUUCAUGUAUUGAGUGUUCAACCUGGACCUGUACCUGACAUUGAUGCAUUAUCAAAGGCUGAUUUGGCUCUAACGAAACAAGAUUCGAUCAACAUCAUAAAAUUAUGUGGUGCCAUUCAAAACUCUGAUAUACAUACUAUUGAAAUCAAAACAAACAAAAAGACAAACGAGACUAAAAAAGCCUGUCCUGCGUCUUCGGCAACUACUUUGGUCAAUACAAAGAGCCACAGUGCUAAUUUAGAAACAGUCAAACCAUUUGCAGCAAAGAAAUCACUCGAGACUUCCAAGAGUGCUGGAAAACAACCAUCUUCUGCAUCAUCAUUUUUUCUAUCUCGUGGUAAACCAAAGGCCAGUUCUUGUUUAGACGAUGGAUCUGUCACAGCCAUUUCAUCAAAAAAAGCACCAAUAGAUACAAAUGCAUCAUUGAAACUCGGUUCCCAAAAAUCAACAGCAAAAACAGCUGCCAAUACAACCAAAUCGUCCAAUUCUACAGUUUCACGCACACGUACUCAAAGUCCAGUUCGUACUCUCAACACAAAAUCAAUGCAGCAGUCACAACAGAUUAGUAAUAUGUUUGACAAUGAUGACAGUUGCAGCCAGAAAAGUGAUAAUGAUGAAAUGCAGGAUUGCAAGCAGUCGAUGGUGAAUGAGGAUAACCCAUUAGCAUCAGCAAUACCAAGUAUUGAAGCGUCGGUUUGUAAGAAUCUGACUGUUGCUAUUUUGUCUGAUUCUGAUCAUGACGAGUCAUUGAACAAUCAGAUUUUAACGGAUAGUAUCGAAAAGAAUAGUACAUCCAACAAACAUUCCAGUUUUAAUCAAGUCGAGGCUGGCACAGAAAAGAAACGUCGUAUUCGAAAAACCCGAAAAAUUCGAACCACAAAGCGAGUUAUGGUUGGCAAAUACAUGAAAACCGUAGAUGUAUCAGAUGUUGAGUCUUAUUCGGAUGAGGAGAUUGUGGUACCAAGACAAUCCCUCACAGUUCUAGCCAAGUCAGAGAACCCCAUAAAAGAAUCCAUGACUGAUCAUGCUGAUGAAAAGGUUGAAACAGACAAGUUUGCUUCAACCAAAUCAAAAUUAAAGGGCAAAGCAGCAUCUAGCAUGACCAAUCAAAAAUCCUUACUAUCCUUUUUUGGCAAGAAAACCUAACUGGAUUAUGAUGCACAAGUUGAAGAGAUUGUACCAAGACUUUGAAAACUGUACAAGAAUUGAACUAAAAGCACUGACCACUAGGUUUAUUCUUUU